UCUUCUAUCGAAAUCGUAGUCUCUGUCCAUUUGCCUUGUGAUGAAUAAAGAAAAUGUGGAAAAUUAUUGACCAAUUGCAAACGGAAAAUCACACCCAUUGACCGGAAAAAACUCGGCACACGCAGAGUGAAACAGUAUUGACAAAUGCAAUCCAAAGGGCUUAACGGAUCCUAAAAUCUUUAGUAGCAAGAGGCGGUAGUUGUUUACUUUUGGCGUCCCUCCCCGCCCUGGACUACGCGAAGAUUGAACGAGAGAGUGAGUGAGAGAGAGUGCUUUGAGAAGAGAAUAGGGAAUAAGAGGCAGGUGCCCCACCACAAUGACCACCCGACGCACAACAAGGAAUGCCACAAGUGCAUCCAAUGAGUCCGAAUACGACUACGAGUUGCUCAUGCAGCGUAUGCAUAUAGGUGGCAGCGGAGGAGGAGGAGGAGGCGGAACAAUGUCUGGUGCUAACGCUGGAGGAUUGGGUGUUCUGGGUCGUAACUAUCAACGCUCGCCCGUUGCUGUUGAGAACUUUGUUGAACAAAUCUUUCACAAUGGCAGCCCACAGAUAUAUGCACCAACUGCUCAGGUGCUGGGCCAACGGAUUGCCCCACAAAAACAUUCGCCGGUCUAUGAAAAUUUGGAAUUCCAUGGGGAAUUCGACUCAAAUCAUAAACGUGCCCAACCGCAGAGUCCAGGCAGCAGGCAUGCAGCAGCUAUGAGUGCCGGAAGUGGAAUGCUAAAAGACUAUCUGGUUAUGCAGCCAAUUGGAGGACGUCUGGCCCAUACCCCGGUCCCGGAUGCUGGUAAUUCUAUAGCUAAUAGUAACGAGACAGAGAACGUUGUCAAUCCUAUAUAUGAGAAUAUUAUACCCCAUUCGGGGCAGCGAGCACAACCACAAGCAUCACCAGCCACGGCUACCAUGUCCAGUUCAUCGUCUGUGUCAUCAGUCACUGCCUCUGGUUUGGAUCUCAAUGCACUAUUAGCCUCACCCAUGCAUCAGCGUAGCUUUAGCUCCCACACAAGCUCCACAAACUCAUCCACACAGGCUGCUCCUGGUCCUGCCGCUGCUGCUGUUUCACAAUCCACUUUAGCUUCACCCAAUCAACGUUACAGAAACUUAUCGUUGCCCAAUCAUAUUCCAGUCUCGAAAUUACAACAACAUACACCCAUCAAGCAUUUACCAUCACAUGGCACAUCGGCAGUCUCUGGCGGAGUCACUGCUCCCCAGCCUGGCAUAAAUGUGUCCGUGAAUCCCAAUUAUAUUGAGGAUAUCAAUAGUUCCGAUUAUGUCUGCAUGACAGCUAAUCUACAUCGAAAUACAGCCAGUGGAUCUGUAGCACCUGUGGGCGCUACUCCACAGCGGGCAGCAGCAACCGGACAAGCCACGGAAACUGGGAUAGCAUCAGUAGUUCCUCCUCCCACGUUAUUGUCGGCGGCGACUGCAGCAACCCCAUCAUUGAGAGCCACGCCCAUAGCAGUGGCCACAUCGCCCACACCCUCGCAGGGCAGUACAGCUAUCAAUGCCGCUUUAAAGCCCAGAAGAGGUUUGACCAAAAAUUUGCUGCCAUAUAGCGUGACACCGCCGCGUCCGGCUGGUCCGACUGAGGCGCAACGCAAAAUCGAGGAAUUAACCCGCCAGCUAGAAGAAGAGAUUGAACAAAGCGAAGAGCAUGGCGAAUACUUUGGCAUUUGUCACACUUGCGGGGAGAAGGUGAAAGGUGCUGGCCAAGCUUGCCAGGCUAUGGGUAAUCUAUAUCAUACAAAUUGCUUCAUUUGCUGCUCCUGUGGCCGGGCAUUACGUGGCAAGGCAUUCUACAAUGUGCAUGGGCGUGUCUAUUGUGAGGAGGAUUAUAUGUACUCGGGUUUCCAGCAAACAGCGGAAAAAUGCGCCAUCUGUGGGCAUUUAAUUAUGGAAAUGAUCUUGCAGGCAAUGGGCAAAUCAUAUCAUCCGGGAUGCUUCCGCUGUUGCAUAUGCAAUGAAUGCCUCGAUGGUGUGCCCUUCACUGUCGAUGUAGAUCAUAAGAUUUAUUGUGUCAAUGAUUAUCAUCGGAUGUUUGCCCCAAAAUGUGCCAGUUGUGGCAAAGGAAUAACUCCCGUUGAGGGCACUGAUGAGACUGUUCGUGUUGUUUCCAUGGAUAAGGAUUUCCAUGUUGAUUGCUAUAUAUGCGAAGAAUGUGGUAUGCAAUUGACUGAUGAGCCAGAUAAACGUUGCUAUCCCCUGGAUGGUCGUUUACUCUGUCGCGGUUGUCAUUUACAACGAUUGGCCCUGCAAUCCUCACCGCAUGUCCGCCAUCAAGAGCCGGUAUGCGCCUCCUAUCAGUAUAUGGGUUAAAUCAUUAAAACAAAGACGGAAGAAAAAAUAACCAGCAAUCAAUUAAAUCUCUCUAUCCGACUCUAUUCCACUCCGACGACUGAAAGUAAACAGAGCAACAAAACUAUAACAAGAAAACUAUUUCAAUAACCAAUUAAUUAAUUAAUUAUCUUUAAUAAAAAACAGAAAGGAAAUUGCAUUUAUACAAUGAUAAA